GUGGUUCUGUCGUCCGGCACUGCUUACCUCGAUAACGUCUCCGUGCCUUGUGGCGUGCGGACCAUAUCCUGGAAGCCGGACAUUGGCUUCGUGCUGAACGGCCUGCCAACCAAGAUCCUGGGUACAGCGAACCAUCAGGACUUUGCAGCUGUCGGCGUGGCUGUUCCCGAUCACUUGCAGGUGCAUCGAUUGAGAAAGCUCAAGGAAUUUGGCAGCAAUGGCUUUCGCACAGCCCACAACCCGCACAACGAGGCUCUCUUGCAUGCAGCAGAUCAGGAGGGCGUGCUGGUUUGGGCCGAGAAUCACCGCAACGGCCAGGACGAUGAGAUGGAGGUCAUGAUCAAGCGAGAUCGCAACCAUCCCAGCAUUGUGAUCUGGUCGAUUUGCAACGAGAACCUGUGCCACUCUGACAACAUUGUCGAGGACGCCAAGCGGUUGAAGGCGUUGGCCCACAGACUGGAUCCUGCCAUGGGCCGUCCUGUGUCGGCUAACUACAACGACUUCAAUGGCAACCAGACUCCGAUGGACGUGUUGCUUGUCUCGGCUCGUGGGAUUAGCGCGGGAAGAUUUCUGCGGAUGUGUCAGUCCACCGAAGAGUUGGAAGAAAACAAAUCAACGCCUUGCAAGCGAAUGGUCAUGUGCCACAGCCACGGGGUCAGGUAA